CGUGGAAAGAUCAUUAUGAAUGUACUUUUGUUAUACACAAUCGGUGGACUUGUAACUUCAUUUGUCACGACUGCUAUUGAUAUUUAUCACUGUUUUGGAGAUUUUGAUAAAUUUACUUAUUGCAGUAUGAAUGUAUUCACCGUAGGAUUUGGCUUUUAUAAGCUUAUAGCUUUCCUUCUGAAACGCAAAGAAUUUCUGAAUUUGAUUUCCCACAUCAUGGAGCACUUUUGGAAUGUCGAUUACGAUGAUUAUGGAUCCACUGUAAUGAAAGAUUGCAUGUUGAGAUGCACGAGAAUUGUGACGUUUGCCAUUUUCAUGUGUCAUUUGACAAUUUCAAUGCAUUAUGUAAAAGCGCUAAUAGAGAAUCGAGGGAAAAAUGAGAGCGACAGAGACUUCCCCUUUCGAUUUUAUUCCGAUCUACCGCUUUCUCUCUCCCCCUGGUUUGAGAUAUUGUUCGUCGCACAAAUAUUCGCUUCAUACCCAUGCUGCUAUACCUACUUUUGCUUCGAAAACUUCUUGUGUCAAAUAAACAUCACUGUUGUUGGACAAUUUCUGAUAUUGAACAAAGAGAUGCGGGAGAUUUGUGACACUAAAGACACGUCAUCGUUGUCUAUCGAAAGUGGUAUUCGUCCACGAUUGGUGAGGUGUGUUCAGAAACAUCAGCAUCUGAUAGCUUGUGUUGAAACCACCAAAGAACUGUAUCGAAGUGUAAUGCUUGGAGUAGUCAUUCUCCUCAGUUUUUUGAUUUGCCUGGAGAUGUUUGAGCUCAUGUCGGCCAACAGCAACACAUUCUAUACAUUCCAUUACUGUCUAUAUGCUGGAGGAAGUAUAGUGCAACUGUACUUUUACACAUUAUCAUGUGAUAAACUGACGGAGGCUAGUGAGUCAUUAUCCGAUGCAGCAUACGAUGUACGUUGGUAUUUAACAGAAUCAGGGGCUUCGAAAAAUCAAUUGGUGAAGGACCUGAUGAUGAUUAUCAUGAGAUCACAGAGGGCCUGCAGUCUGACAGUCGGGGGGUUCACGCCGGUCACCUUGCAGACGUUCACAUCGAUAUGCAAUACUGCUUUCUCAUUUUUAACUCUCAUCAGACAGAGCGUUUAGAAGAAUAAUAAUUACUGACAAAAUCGCCAGAAGAUGAAGCUGUGAUAUGGUCAUGUACAAAUUUCUAGUUGAUUUUAAAUUUGUUGAUAGUCAAAUGUAAUAAACUAAUCGUUCUUCAUGGA